CGAGAAUUCAGUCUUAUUUGUAAACACAAAGCAAACGGAGCGAAAAGAAGGAGAGUGGGAAACCACUGUACUACGACAACGAGUUCGAAGUGAAUUUUAUUGUGAAGAGAAGAAAUCUAUCGUACUUCAAGAAAAAUGCCAGCUGUUGGAAUUGAUCUCGGAACUACCUACUCGUGUGUUGGAGUUUGGCAGCACGGAAAUGUGGAGAUUAUCGCCAACGACCAAGGAAACAGGACGACACCCUCAUACGUCGCGUUUACGGACACCGAGCGACUGAUCGGCGAUGCGGCAAAGAACCAGGUAGCUCUCAACCCCAACAACACAGUCUUCGACGCGAAACGUCUCAUCGGCCGCAAGUUCGACGACCCGAAGAUCCAGGCAGAUAUGAAACACUGGCCCUUCAAAGUGAUCAACGACUGCGGCAAGCCCAAGAUCCAAGUCGAAUAUAAAGGCGAGACGAAACGCUUCGCACCCGAAGAAGUUAGCAGUAUGGUUCUGACGAAAAUGAAGGAGACGGCGGAGGCGUACCUCGGAUCGACAGUGCGCGACGCGGUGAUUACAGUGCCGGCGUACUUCAACGACGCGCAAAGGCAAGCCACCAAGGACGCGGGAGCUAUCGCCGGCCUCAACGUGUUGCGAAUCAUCAACGAGCCGACCGCCGCCGCCCUGGCGUACGGUCUCGACAAGAACUUGAAAGGGGAACGCAACGUGCUCAUCUUCGACCUCGGCGGUGGAACCUUCGACGUCUCGAUCCUCACAAUCGACGAAGGUUCGCUAUUUGAAGUGCGGGCGACGGCCGGCGACACGCACCUCGGCGGGGAAGACUUCGACAACCGGCUAGUCAACCAUCUCGCGGAGGAGUUCAAGAGAAAAUACAAGAAAGAUCUGCGAAGCAACCCGCGAGCGCUGCGCCGGCUGCGAACUGCGGCUGAGCGUGCCAAGAGAACGCUCUCAUCGAGCACAGAAGCCACGGUUGAAAUCGACGCCCUGUACGAAGGCAUCGACUUCUACACCCGAGUGUCCCGCGCGCGCUUCGAAGAGCUAUGCUCAGACCUGUUCCGGUCGACGCUGGAGCCCGUGGAGAAGGCCCUCCGCGACGCGAAGAUGGACAAAAGCCAGAUACACGACGUGGUUCUCGUCGGAGGAUCGACACGUAUACCGAAGAUCCAAAACCUCUUGCAAACCCUCUUCUGUGGCAAGAAACUGAACCUGUCGAUCAACCCAGACGAGGCCGUCGCAUACGGAGCUGCAGUUCAGGCGGCCAUCUUGAGUGGAAACACCGACACUCGCAUUCAAGACGUCCUUUUAGUCGACGUGUCGCCACUGUCGCUGGGCAUCGAGACUGCCGGAGGUGUGAUGACCAAGAUCAUCGAACGCAACUCGAAGAUUCCCUGCCGCCAGGCUCAGACCUUCACGACGUAUUCGGACAACCAGCCAGCCGUGACCAUUCAGGUUUACGAAGGCGAGCGAGCGAUGACGAAGGACAACAACUUGCUGGGCACGUUCAACUUGACCGGGAUUCCGCCGGCGCCGCGCGGCGUGCCGAAGAUCGACGUCACCUUCGACUUGGACGCGAACGGUAUUCUGAACGUGUCAGCGAAGGAGAAUAGCACCGGACGAAGCGAGAAGAUCGUCAUCAAGAAUGAUAGGGGCAGGUUGUCGCAGGCUGAGAUCGACAGGAUGCUCGCGGAUGCGGAGAAGUACAAGGAAGAAGAUGAUCGUCAGCGGGAGCGCGUGGCCGCCCGGAAUAAGUUGGAAGCCUACGUGUUCGGAGUGAAACAAGCACUAGACGAGGCGGGUGACAAGCUGAGCGAGCAAGACAAGGAUACGGGUCGCCGGGAGUGCGAGGAGACCCUGCGCUGGCUGGACAACAACGCGCUAGCCGAGCGUGAGGAGUACGAGCAUCGACUGAAGGAGGUCCAGAACGUGUGCCAGCCGCUCAUGACUAAGAUGCACGGCGGCGGGCAAGCACAAGGUGGUGGAAUGCCCGGCGGCGCUGGUGGCAUGCCAGGAGGUAUGCCUGGAGGCAUGGGAGGCAUGCCAGGCGGUAUGGGAGGAAUGCCAGGCGGUAUGGGAGGAAUGCCAGGCGGUAUGGGAGGCAUGCCAGGCGGUAUGGGAGGAAUGUUCGGCGGAGGCAUGCCAGGAGGAAUGCCCGGCUAUCGACAAGGCUCCGACGGUCCCACCAUCGAAGAAAUGGACUAAGCUACGAAGUUUGAAGACUCCAUAGAAUCUAGUCCCCAAAAAUUUUGUUGAUUUGUUCCCAAAAAAAUUAAGACUGAUUGUUUUAAGAAGAUAAUUUAUGUUUAAGUUUGUUAGUAACUUGUGAUCAUCUGUUGGACUCAAUAAAUAAAAUAUGUGA